AUGAGCUGGUAUUACUUAUGCUAUAUAACAGACUUUAAGGACAAGGAUACAAAGACAAUGGAUGUUAAAUGUGUUUCACAAGUAGAAGGUAUAGCGGAGAUAAACUAUUUGGAGCAGAGACGUUGGACAGGAUACAAUAGGCAUGUUCAACAUUUACAUGAUAGUUUUCAAACCGCAACCAUCGGAGUUCAUGACCACAAGACCAUUUUACGUCUCGGCUAUUGUAUUAAGAAUAGACACAUGAACAAAUAUGCAGACACUAUAAAGCAGAACCAUAAGCGACAUUUCAAGAAUUGUUUGAAAUAA